CGCCCAGCGACGAUACCGACGGCUCCAUGCCAUCUCUGCAGACGGUGUCCGACAUCGACGACGAUGUGGACAUGUACGAUGUCCAGAGCUCAGCGGGUCGCUCGCGCGAGUCUCAGGCGGCGACUUCAUCUGAGCCACAACCACUGCGGAGCGCACGUCGCGCUCGUGUUGAUGACGAUGUCGACGAAGGGGAUGUCCGGGAGACGAAUCGACAGCGAAUGCACCCGCCAACAGCCAAUGAGCAGCGAGCGGCGUCGGAGCCACUGCCCCCUCACCCUGGUGCCCAACAUGCGGGCCAUACAGACCAUCAGCCACCGCCACCAUACAGUCGUCUCGUCUACACGUUCGACUUCUUCGCUGGCCCUGAAUUCGGUCCAGGUACUCAGGCAGGCGAUGCCCAGCCUCCCCCGCAAGUUCACCCCGAAGACCGCCCCGAAGACCACCCCGAAGGCCAUCAUCAUCAUCAUCAUCACGGGCAACCGCAUCCGCACCCGCAUCCGAUGUUCAACUUUACCUUCGAGAUCCCACUUGGCGGGGUCCCGGAUACAGAAGGUGCCCCUCAUGGUUUCGCGCAUCCAGGCUUCUUCCCGUUCUUCCCAUUCAAUGCGCCGCGCGAAGAGCAGGACGACCCUGAGCGUGCCGGGCGCCUCAUCCGCGGAUUGGAGGAAGUCCCAUCAGGACUCGUUGAGCGGAUAGAACGGGUCGGCGGAGACGGGGGCGAAUCAGUCUGCUCUAUCUGCUGGGAGAAGCUCAGCUCAGAUGGGGGCGGGUUCGAUGCGGCGCAGUCUGCUGAGACAGGGAGCUCGAGUAACGCCCGUUCGGCAGAGGCUACUAUGGACACGGACAAUCCCACUGCGACAGACUCGAGUACCCGAUCCUCAUCGCCUGACGGACGCUCUGAAGAUAGCGAGUACAAACCACCCAGCGAUCUCCCUAAGGUCGUCGCACUUCCGUGCUCGCACGUCUUCCACACAGCAUGCCUCCUUCCGUGGUUUACAAAGCCACACCGCACGACGUGUCCUUCUUGCCGCUUUGAUAUCGAUCCCGACUCCCUCACCUAUAUGCCUCCCCGACAGCGCACAGCUCGACGGGCCAACUCAGCUGAUGAUCCGCCUGCGGCGCCAGCUGCUAGCCAGCCACCGCAGCCCCAAGCGGAUACUCAGCCCGCGCCAGAGGCACCUCCUGCUCAAGACCAAGCCCGCCCCGCACGGCCAGCUGUCCCUCCCUUGAUGCCGUUCGAAUUCAGUAUGUUAUUCCCCGUCAUGGGGCCACCUGGGGCUGGGGCCAGGGCUCAUGAACCUGCGUACGUCCCAUUGGAUCCCCAGAUGACGCAGCACCUUUUCCAGCGUAUGUUUGGCGGAGCACAACCGCCCGCGCCCCAACCGCAACAGCCCCAGCCACAAGCUCAGGCGCCACCUCAAGGAAACCCACCUGCCCCUGGCGCUGAGCGCCGAGCGCCGCCAGGUUACAUGCGUCUCGACGACCAGACGACACGGAACCUCUUCGAGAACCUAUUUGGCGCUCAUCCAUUCCCCCCUCAACCUCAGCCUGCCCCACAUGCGCCCGAAGCUGCUCCAGCUGGCGCUACUCCUCAGCACCCACCUACUGCCGCGCCGACCGGUGCACGCGCACAGCCUCGGCCGCGCCCGCCAGAGAAGCGGCAAUGGACACUUCCUAUGCCGCCUGGACCCACCUUGCGUCAGCGCAUCGAGCGCCAGGAGCGCGAGAUGGGUCUGCGAUGCUCAGAUAUUAGCUGUGGUCUUGGCCCGUCAGACGAUGACCCGACGCCUAUCAUCGACCCCUCGGUGAUGCGCCAGAUUGCCAUCCGCCCGGUGGACAGCUCUGGGGAGAAAGUCUGCGAGCAUACGUUCCACCCGUCGUGUCUGGUCAGUGCGGAGCGCGUUGCGGGCUGGGGCAACGAGGACAAGAAGGAGGAGAAGGAGGGUGACGAGGUGCAGGUGUCGUGUCCGGUCUGCAGGGCUGUCGGGGUCAUCCCGCGGCCAGACUGGGACGAGGGUGCGUGUGCACUCGUGUAAACGUGCGCAUGUGCGCUCUGCGACAGCUAUAGGCCUCUUUUGUGUUAGUGGACGUUCUCGUGCUGCAAUUACAAUUGCUAACAGUAUUGCGCUCAUGUAGUUCUUUGGUUUUGCGUUCACGUAUUGUACUGUAUCAUUCGUUACGGGACUUGUACAUUAUACUAGUGUAAUCAGUCACCGGGCAAUUCUGUUGUCUUGAAGCUAAAUAUUUGAUUAUGAUCUUGGGAAUGGGCCAUGA